AUGAGCGACAACCUCUCAAACUUUAGCUUUAGCUUCGACUAUGUCACGGUGGCCCCCAACAAGACGGUCCCUAAGACGUCCGUCCGCAGCGAUGGACCGCGGCCGUUCCCGUCCUCGUGGAGCAGCUCGACGCCCACCUGGGGCAACACCGUUUCCUUCCGGCUAGGGACCUCCUCGCCGCCCAGCACAAAGUCGUGGACCACCGGGCCAACCUACAAGUAG